AUAGACUUAUAAGAUUGUUGUAUGUAUUAUUUUAAAUAAUUGUUCAAUAAAAACCGCAUCAUUUUUUCGAGUGGAACUGUUUGUGUAAAGAUAAUGUUAACAUAAUUCAUUUGAAUUUUAUGGUGAAAACAAGCGGACAAUGUGCGAUAUAUGAGAACAAUUGUUUACUUAUCGAAAUCCACAGUGUUAAAAGUUUUAUUUUAAAUGUGUAUUUAUAAUAAUACAUAAACAAAAUGACAACACCGGAAAUAAAAUAUGUGACGGAGGUGCCAAGCAGUUUGAAACAAUUAGCACGGCUCGUUGUUCGAGGAUUUUAUUCCAUAGAAGAUGCACUUAUAAUUGAUAUGUUAGUUCGAAAUCCCUGUAUGAAGGAAGACGAUAUAGCCGAGUUAUUACGUUUUGAGAAAAAGCAAUUACGUUCUCGAAUAUCUAUCUUGCGAAAUGACAAAUUCAUACAAAUGCGCUUAAAGAUGGAAACCGGUCCAGAUGGAAAGGCUCAAAAAGUAAAUUAUUACUUCAUAAAUUAUAAAAGUUUUGUCAAUGUUGUAAAAUAUAAACUGGAUAUAAUGCGUAAACGUAUGGAAACAGAGGAACGUGAUGCUACAAGUAGGGCCAGUUUCAAAUGCACAUCUUGCGGUAAAACUUUUACCGAUUUGGAAGCAGAUCAACUAUUUGACAUGGAAUCUCAAGAAUUUCGCUGUACAUAUUGUGGUGAUCCUGUGGAAGAGGACACCUCAGCCAUGCCAAAAAAGGACUCAAGACUAAUGUUAGCAAGGUUUAACGAUCAACUAGAGCCAUUGUACGAAUUACUUCGGGCAGUAGAGGGUAUUAAAUUAGCCCCGGAAAUUUUGGAGCCAGAACCUGUGGAUAUAAAUACGAUACGAGGCGUUACGAAACCUUCUCAGCGAAUCGAUAGUCAGCAAUGGUCUGGUGAAGCUACUCGUAAUCAAGGUUUUACAGUUGAAGAAACAAGAAUUGAUAUAAAUCUAGGAGAAGAGUUGGUUGAAACUACUACUGAAAAGAAAUCUCGACCAGUUUGGAUGACAGAAAGUACAAUUCAAAAUGAAUCAAAUGUUGAUGGUCCUGACACAAUUACAAAUGAUUCAUCACAAUCAUCAGUGCUUCUUACAACAACAACAACAUCAAGUGGAACAGCUUAUAACAGAAAUAAAAAAGAAACCGAAGACACCAUGUCCUUAUUACUUCUGCAUGAAAAACAGCCUGGACAAAAAGAUCAAUUUUCGAAAGAUCUGAGAUUUGGUUCCUCAAAUCAUAAUUCAAGUGAUUCCAGUGAUGAUGAUAGAGACAUUGAAAAUACAGAAAUUCCUGAUAUUGACCAAAAUUUUAUUGAUUCUAAUUCCGAAGAUGAUGUGCCCAGUGUUUUAGCUGGUGGCAAAUCGUACCCAAUAAACAAAAUUAAUGAUGAGAUAAUUGCGCAAAUGACAGAACAGGAAAAAGAGCAUUACAUACACGUUUAUCAAGAACAAUUCAGCGAUAUAUAUUAUUAAGGAGUAAAUCUGUUAAUGCAUUUCAAAAGUAUCACGUUAUUUUUAUACGCUGAAGAUAUUAUAUAGAUGUCUCUAUGAAUUGCAGCAUACAUUUUGGGUCAUUAAGCAAUAAAAUAGCACUAUCGUUGAAGGCGACUUAAUGAAAAGCUACGCUUAUAGGAUUACAACAUGUCCUGAAUUUAGAAUGCUGUUGGGACAUUCUAUUUAUUACUGCAACCACAUUGUUAAUUAGAAGUUUUUAAAAAUUGUUAUAACUUAAAUUUUGAUACCGAAAUAUAUAAAAUUCGAUAAUAAAUACAAUUAAUAAG